UUCAAUCUCGCGCGUGAGGAAUCUUGUGCGUGUCAAGCGCGCGCGGCGUCUCGCGCAGGAGAGUUAAACGACAUCAUUUUUAACACACACAUACAUGUUCCGUUUACAGUCCUUGGACGAGGACUGCACCCUGGAGGAGGAAGGGUUGGUAGAGGAAGAAGAUGAAAUUGACCAGUUCAAUGAUGACACUUUCGGUGCAGGGGCAAUCGAUGAUGAUUGGCAGGAGGAGCAUGCCCGCCUCGCAGAACUUGACGAACGACGAGAUGGCCCGGCGGGAGCCGGUGACCCCUCAUCCACCUCAGCUGACCUCCCUCCUGCUGGCAGCACUGCCCACCUUUCCACCCUUCCUCCACCUGCCUCUUCCUCCCGCCUUUACUCUGGUAUAGAUGAACGGGCCGGAGGAGACCUAGCGGAGUCACUGACUCAUCUCAUCCUGGGCUCGGAUCCCGCCAUUGCUGGAGUGGGCACGGCCAGUUCGAACAGAUCUCACCUGCCUCCUAUGCUGUCCGGCCAGGCUCAUCCGUCGGCAUUAGCUGGACAGUCUUCUCUACUGUUGAGUUACCAACGACAGCAGCAUCUCAUGCACAGUGGGUCGGCUCCUCUCUCACAGAUAAACACUCACAGUAUUUGGGAGAACGGUAUGGGCUUCAGUCCUGUCAGUGUUAACUCUGGACUAGUCACUCAAACAGAGGACAGUCCACUACUGUCCAUUAUCAAAGAGGUUGGGCUUCCGAAGCGCCCUCAUGCACUCGGCAGAGAGGAGGGGCGGGAUUUGUCCGAAAGGGUUCCGCCGCCUCGGUCCAGCUCACCUGUGAUUGGAAGUCCUCCUGUAAGGGCUGUGCCUAUUGGGACCCCACCAAAACAACCCAUGAGUCAAAUCCUCAAUCAGCAGAACAAUCACCCUUCAGCAGUUCACGUGAGAGCAUCCGUGCCGCUGCGCUACCCUCCUCCCUUCCCUGAGCAUCUGUCCCCCAACAAUCUCCUCAGCAUCACUAACUCACAGUUGUCUCAUCCUCCAUUCCCUGCCGGUGUUGGUCCUGUUCUCUCUCAAAUACAGAGAGCACAACUGCUCAACUCUCAGUUCCAGCGUGGUCCUGGUCCAGCUCCUCCAUUAUUACAGGGAGGUGUUGGGGGUUUUAGACCGUUCUUUGGGCAGUCUGGCCAUAGAGUGGGUCUCCACGGACCAUCUCUCAGCCACACACCCAUCCGACAUAAUACCACCCACCUCCACCCGCAGCACCGCAGGAUGCUAAACCAGAGGAUGCAGAGCAGAGCCUCAGGGGAUCACGUCGGAGGGAGAGGUGUUGGGGAAAGGAAAAACAGAGACCCCUAUAGUAAUCUGAUGACUCAAAGAGAGAAAGAAUGGGUAGCUCGAAUCCAAAUGAUGCAGCUUCAAAGCACCGACCCUUACCUGGAUGACUACUAUUACCAGAAUUACUAUGAGAAGAUGGAGAAGCUUCAGGAACGGGACAGAGACCAUAGAAAGGAGCAUACCACCAAACUCAUCACUCCUCAGGUGGCCAAACUCGAGCACACCUAUCGCCCAGUGCAGUUUGCUGGCUCGCUAGGAAAACUCACCGUAUCCAGUGUGAACAAUCCAAGGAAAAUGAUUGAUGCUGUGGUGACCACUCGCAGUGAUGACGAGGAGAAACGUGAGAAACAGGUGUGGAAUAAAAGACGGCAAAUCCUUUACACUGUGGAGAAGAUGUACAGUCUAUUGCUAGAAGUGCAAGACUUUGAGAAGAAGUUCUUGCAGACCCCUGAGCACCAAAGAGACACCCUGCUAGAACAGCAUAAAACCCACACACUGCAACUCUACAACUCCCUCAGAGAAAAAGAGUGGGACGACCGAGUGAGUGAUGAGCAGUGUUUAAUGAUCAUGUCUGUGCGCAAGGGGAAACGUCUCAUCUCCAGACUCCUCCCCUUCCUGCCACAGCCCCAGGCUGCUGCUGUUGUCAUGGCAAUAGCCAGGAACCUUCCAGCCCUGGCCAAGAAAGACAAGCAAGACCAGGUACUGUGUUGGUUAGUUAAACCAGUUACAGUAGUAAUCCAGUCUAUGUCGAGCACCUCCCUCACCGACCUCCUUCAGGAGCUGCAAGGCAGUGAAGGACAGUUUCCCCUCGUGCUGCAAAAUAAGUUCGGUGUGACGCUGCUCUAUCUGAUUCUGAGUGAGGGAGAGAGAAUGCAGAGCUCUGAUGCCAACUGUCAACUCAUGGAUGACAACCGAUGGACUGAGUUGGUGUUCUCAGUGACGAGGGAGCUUUUGAAGGUCCCGUCUGCUGGUCUCUCAUCUCCUCUGUUCACUCCUCCAAACCUUGUCUCGCUGUUCUCUCGAUAUGUGGACCGGCAGAGACUCGAACUCCUGCAGGAGAAGCUACAGAUCACAGCCUUGUCCAGGUAGAAGUUUCUUCACACGUUGCAGUCGAGGAGAGACUGACUGUUAAUGUAUUUGUGAACGAGCAGUUUUAUGUGUGGAUAUGUACUGGAGAGUGAGGGACAGUCCUGCAGAACAUUGUCACUUUCCUGUUCUUAGAGUUACAAUUGAUAAGAAUAAUGUUUAAAUGGUAAAGAAACUGUUGUCAAUAGGUUUGUCGAUGUAGGCGAUCAGGUAUAUGAAUUUUAGCUUCCAUUAGGGUCAACUCUAAGCAGAUAAAGCCAGGGAAGGGACCUCACUAAAUCCCUACGUGGCAGACGAUAUUUCCCAUCGAAAUGGCUCAAUCAUGAGAACAUCAGACCUUAUUUAAGACGCAUUGAUUUGAGAAAUUUGCUGUAUAUUAAUAUCUUAAUUUUUCUUAUACACUGCAGCUUGAGGUAUGUUUGUGAAAGAGUGAUUGUGCAAGUGUGUUUGUGAGUUUCAAUGAAGGUUUAAACAAAGUCAUUCUUCAUUUUUAAAUAUCUUGACAUGAUGCCUGUGAUAAAACAUGAAAUUAAACUUUCUAUUAUACAAAGUCA